GUGAUUUGCAUACAUCGUACCAAAGACAUUACAUUAUUAAUGAAUGUACUAGACUAGGCUCAACAUUGUAUUGAUUGGCUUCAAUUCUAAGGCAUUGUGUUCUUGCGUCGAGUGUGUCAGUACCCAGGAUGGCUGAAUUGACGUCGGUACAGGUUCACGUUCCUCUGGUAUCAAACGCUGACGAUUCGCAGGAAAUUACGAAAAUAUCUGACAAAGCGAGUUUGAAUUCACCGGCUGUCACUGGACCUUGUUAUUUAAAAAAGGUGGACAAUGUUAUGAUGGAUCGGUCACGCUUAGAACAUUUACCAAAAAGAAAGGCUGUGAAUAUUGAAUUUAAGGACUUAACUUAUUCUGUUUCUGAAGGACUAUUUAGGAAUAGAGGCUACAAAACAAUUCUGAAAUGCAUCUCUGGCAAAUUCAAGUCUGGGGAGCUAACAGCUAUUAUGGGUCCAUCAGGGGCAGGGAAGUCGUCUCUGAUGAACAUACUAGCAGGGUACAGAACUCGUAACAUAACUGGAGAAAUUACAGUGAACCGUAAACAACGUGACUUGCGUAAGUUUCGGAAGAUGUCAUGUUACAUCAUGCAGAACGAUGAUCUACUGCCACACUUAACGGUUGAUGAGUCAAUGAUGUGUUCCGCUAACUUGAAACUGCCCGAAUCUACUUCACUAGAUGACAAGAAAAUAUUGGUGAAUGAAAUUCUAGAGACAUUAUCACUACAAGAAUGUCGAAGCACGAUGGCUGCCAGGUUAUCAGGGGGUCAGAGGAAACGAUUGUCCAUUGCGCUAGAGCUGGUCAACAACCCGCCAGUCAUGUUCUUUGAUGAACCCACCAGUGGGCUGGACAGUGCGUCCUGUCUUCAGUGUAUGUUAUUGCUCAAAUCUCUGGCUAUGGGGGGACGUACCAUCAUAUGUACAAUUCAUCAGCCUAGCGCAAAGAUAUUUGAGAUAUUUGACAAUUUGUAUAUGUUAGCUGAAGGGCAGUGUAUUUAUACAGGGAAAGUAUCAGGGCUGGUCCCAUAUCUGACAGACAUUGGUUUACCCUGUCCCCCUUACCAUAAUCCAGCAGACUUUGUCAUGGAAAUAGCAUGCGGGGAAUAUGGUGAAAGGAAUCCACAAAUGGUUGUCAAAGUACGCAGCGGAGCCUGCAAAAAUUACCAAACCUUAGACAAACCUCAGAACUGUAACAAAGACAAUAGUGACCUCAAUAAUACAGACAACAAUAAACAGCCAGAUGACAUUGAGGUUGUCUCACAAAAUGGUGCUGCCAUGGCAACAAAUGAACUGAAUAAUGACAGUGCCAGCAUGGACAAGGCACACAAGUCAUUAACUGUGAAUUUGGCAUUGAACAGUCAGAAUGGAAGUGAAACCAUUGUGAUGAAACCCAUUGAGAGCGAAAGAACAGCACUUACGGGGCAGGUGGUGGAAGCAGAGUCAGAAGAGGAGAUUGUCCACCAGUUUGCUACAAGCUGUUUUACUCAGUUCAGGGUCCUUUUCAUCAGGACAUUUGUCUCCAUCAUCAGGGAUACAAACCUCACCCAGCUGCGCCUCAUCUCACAUUUAUCUAUUGGAGUGCUGAUUGGUUUAUUGUACCUUGGUAUUGGUAACCAGGCUGACAAGGUCUACAACAAUGCUGGGUGCUUGUUCUUCACAAUGCUAUUUCUCAUGUUCACUGCUCUCAUGCCUACAGUUAUGACAUUCCCAAUGGAGAUGUCUGUCUUUGCCAGAGAGCACCUGAAUUACUGGUACAGCCUAAAGGCCUACUACUUAGCUAAAACAAUGGCAGACAUGCCCUUCCAGAUUAUAUUUCCACUGAUGUAUGGCAGCAUCGUGUAUUGGAUGACAGAUCAGCCACCAGAUUUCGUUAGAUUUGUAAUGUUCCUGACCCUUUGCACCCAAACAGCUCUUGUGGCUCAGUCCCUUGGGCUGCUAAUAGGUGCCGCCACCUCCUUGCAGGUAGCUGUAUUUCUAGGACCAGUAACAGCCAUCCCAAUUUUAUUGUUCAGUGGGUUCUUUGUCAACUUUGACACCAUUCCCAAGUACAUGCAGUGGCUCUCCUAUGCUUCCUAUAUAAGAUACUCAUUUGAGGGAGUCCUCCAGGCUAUCUACGGUUUCAGUCGGGAAAAUCUUGAAUGUGAAGAAGACUUCUGCCCUCUAAAGAAACCUUUGGAUGUGUUGAAAAGACUCGACGUUGAUGAGUCACGAUUCUACAUAGAUUUCUUAGUACUCUGCGGUUUCUUUGUAUUAUUUAGGACAGGUUGUUAUUUUGUCCUACGAUGGAAAGUAAAGAGUGAAAAAUAAUGAUUCAGAAGUGGACUUCAUGUUUCAGAAGUGAACUCAUACAAGGAUGAUGAGUCUAUGAGCCCAGAGGACUGUAACCUUACUUUUGAAAUGGGCCAGUAUUUAGUUAUUACUAGAAGGGAAGACACAGAUUCUGACCUUCUGAAAAAACCUCUGAAUGACCCCCCAAACUGGAGGUAAAGGAAUUCGAAGAGGAAAACAGUGCACAAUAAAUUCAGUGAUCUCUGAUAGAACCAUCUCCUUUACAAGAAUGAGUGUCUUGCAAUAUCAGGAAGUGACAGGUUCAAAAAAUCUAAAUCACUGAACCAUGUGACUCAACCCUCAAUAAUUAAAUAUAAUAUGGGUACAAUAUUAAAGCACUGUCAGUAUCGUGUUAAUAAUGAAAUGAAAAAUUAGAUGGACUAGAGUUAUAAAAAUUGAUAUUUUAAAGUUAUAAGUAGAUCUCGUAAUUGCAGUAUUUGUAAAUAUUGUACAGUCUGCUGCACAUCUAGAAAUUGUUGAAUAUUUCAGAUAUUAGGGACUUUAUAUAUUUAGUAUCCACCACACGUAUAUAUUAUUCAUGUUCAACACUUUGAAUGUGAUAUUCUGGAACAUAUGGCAACUUUUCACAAGAUUUGCUUGUUAACAAAAGUUAUUCAAUUUUCACGAAUUAUGUUUUUAUGUGUGCAGUUGGUCUAUCUCGACUACUUUUAUUAAGAUAAUCAUGACAUAGUUUAUAAGAUGGCCAAAUCUGGGGAAAAAUAGAUAUGCUAUUGCGUACAAUAAUUAAAGCAUCAACACAAGGUGACAUCUAUACAUAGAGAGAAAAUGUAUUUAUAUAUUUACUAUUUAUCAGAUAUUUCUGGGCAUUCUGUUCAUGGUGUCACGUUAUCUACAAAAAUGGAAUACUUAGGCAUACUUGUAUAUGAAAACAGUUAGCCAUAUAUAUACUUGCUCAAUGCAUCAAUAUAUCACACAACUGUCAUGGUAUUUAAAAUAAUGAUUACGAAAAAAUGAAAAAAUUUGAUCAUGCAUACACAUACGGGAGGUGUUCAUGAAUUUGAGACCAUGAUUUGAUUGUAUAUACAAAUUUUUCUGUUUGGUAUUACAAAUGUGU